AAGACCUGUUACUUACUGCUGUGCCAACUGCGCGCGUUCACAAGCGCACAUAAAUAUUCUCUGCUCGAAUCAAAAUACCAACAUCCUGAUUCUUACUUUUAUGAGGUUUGCAAGAAAAUGCUUUUAUUUCAUUUAUUAGUAUUUUGAAGUGAACGAGCGUCCUCUUUUGACACAAAGGGCACUUGCGUCUCCAUGCGCCUUAUUUCAUAACGCUCCUAACGCCAUUAAAACGCCUUUUAAAUGUUUUGAGGAUUGUACCGCGAGCAUGUGGACGUUACCGAGGACCCGGUUCGCACACUGUAACGGUUCGUCGAGCAGUGAUGAGAAAGAAAUUGCCGUUAAUAUCGGCGGCGUGCGCCUGGUGUUGUGCGGGGAUCUCUUGAACCGUUAUCCGGAGAGCAGGCUCGCCGAACUUGUGAACAUUUCAACCCGGAGUUUUGAUGUGAUUUCCGCACUUUGUGAUGACUACGACCCAGGGAAAAGAGAAUUUUACUUCGACAGAGAUCCAGACUCGUUUAAAUGCAUCGUUGAAGUGUACUACUUUGGUGAGAUCCAUAUGAAGCGAGGUAUUUGCCCUAUUUGUUUCAUCAAAGAAAUGGAGUUUUGGAAGAUUGACUUAAGCUAUUUGGAUGAAUGCUGCAAGAGCAACUUGAGUGAGAAGGAGGAAGAGCUGGCAGAGAUUGCUGACAAGGUGAAAAUGAUUUUGGAUGAUAUGGACUGUGACCCUGUUGUGAGCCGCACGGAGAGGUGGCAGAAGUUCAUCUGGAAGCUCAUGGAGAAACCCGAGUCAUCGCUUCCCGCGCGCGUAAUUGCAGUUAUGUCCUUCCUCUUCAUCCUAGUGUCAUCGGUCGUUAUGUGUCUCGGGACAUUGCCGGACCUUCAGGUGGAAGACUCAGAAGGGAAUCGAGUUGAACACCCGACCCUGGACGCUAUUGAAACGGCAUGCAUCGGCUGGUUCACGGUGGAAUACGCGCUGCGCUUCGCGUCCUCCCCUAACAAGGUGCGCUUCGCUCUCUCCUUCAUGAAUAUUAUAGACUUCAUGGCCAUCUUGCCGUUUUACGUCGUGCUGAUUCUCACAUACCUGGGCACGGCCAUGAUGGAGCUGGCCAAUGUGCAACAGGCGGUACAGGCGCUGCGCAUCAUGCGCAUUGCGCGCAUCUUCAAGCUAGCGCGCCAUUCAUCUGGCUUGCAAACUCUUACUUACGCACUAAAACGAAGCUUUAAGGAGUUGGGUUUGCUUCUUAUGUAUAUGGGUGUGGGCAUAUUUGUGUUUUCAGCCCUCGGGUACACAAUGGAGCAGAGUCACCCAGAGACGCUCUUUAGAAGCAUCCCACAAUCCUUCUGGUGGGCCAUCAUCACCAUGACCACCGUCGGUUAUGGGGAUAUAUACCCAAAGACCACCCUGGGCAGGUGCAACGCGGCCAUCAGCUUUCUGUGCGGUGUGAUCGCCAUAGCGCUGCCCAUACACCCCAUCAUCAACAACUUUGUCAUUUAUUACAACAAGCAGAGAGUGCUAGAGACCGCUGCCAAGCACGAGCUUGAACUCAUGGAGCUGCGCGCGCUCGAGCUCGCCAUGAAGAGCGCCUCGCGCAGGUCUGACGCGCCCAGGAGAGCGUGGGAGGGUGCCAUGCGCGCGUCGCGUAGCGAUACAUACAUUCCGCUUCUUUCGGGAGUGCACAGAACUGAGAAGGAGGCCGUGAAGAAGAAAAACUCUACCUAAGACAAGCACAGAAAAAAGAACUCGAAAAGCACUUUAUAGAAGAGAGGCAGGUGAGGUCAGGUGCAGAGCUACAGGUGAGUCUUGUUUUCCAAACUCCCUAUCUAUCUAUCUAUCUAUCUAUCUAUCUAUCUAUCUAUCUAUCUAUCUAUCUAUCUAUCUAUCUAUCUAUCUAUCUAUCUAUCUAUCUAUCUAUCGUUAAAGGUUUACUCCCCACACACUAUUUUACUUUCAAUCUUUUUAACUAUCUUCACAUCUUUUAAAUUCUGUUUCAUGUUAUUAUGGACGCAGUAUUCCAGGACAGAGAUAAAAACAAAUGACUCACAGAAAUUCUAUGGAGAGCUAUUGGGGGUCUAAGAAUAGGAGCAUCAGGAUAAUGUGGGCUGGUGUCAGUCAUAUGAACUAAUACAGAGGGAAUCGGUGUCUGGUUUUUAUAGCGAGUCAUUUGAACAUGUCUGCACAGUGGGGUUUCUCACACACACCCUCGAAACGCUCAGACAAGAUUGCGGCCCUGGCACCUGAAAGCAUGGUGAGAGAGCUCUGUUUAUAUUCACAACAUGAGGAAUAUGGGUAUGCAUCUGUGUGGGUCUGUGU